AAUUUUCUCAACAUGCCUGAAAUUUUCUGCAUUUGCUGUCCAUUUUUGUUUCUUUGGAAUUGUUAGACUCUUUGGCCCGUUUUCUGCGCUACAAUCGUGCACUCUCGCCGCUUUUAGACUCUUUGGCCUGUUAACCUCGCUACAACGGAUCACUCUUGCCGCUAUUAGACUCUUUGGCCCGUUUUCUGCGCUACAACUGCGCAUUCUCGCCGAUUUUAGACUCUUUGGUCCGUUUUCCUCGCCAUAACUGAGCAUUCUCGCUGUAUAUAGACACUUUGGUUCCUUUUUUCGCACUACAACCGCACACUCUCGCUGCUUUUAGAAUUUUUUACCCAUUUUCCGCGCCACACCUGCGCAUUCUUGCCGCAUGUAGACUCUUCGGUCCAUUUUCUAAAACCCAGGGUUCAAACUUUGAAUCUCACAUUAUAAAAACCUGCAGGCCAACUUUCAUUUUAUGUCAUUUUAAAUACCUCGCGGGCCACUCCAAAAAAGGAAACGGGCCGCAAAUGGCCCGCGGGCCGUAGUUUGGACACCCCUGGUGUAAAUUGUCCCAUACCUCUCAAAAGCACACACUAGGUGAAUUGUUGUAAAUUGCUCCUGGAUGCAGAUGGUACCCUGCAAUAGAUUGGUGCCCUGUCCAGGACUCUAAUCCAGGACAGUCAGGUUCAAGGUACAAAACUGAAUAACUCUGUUUUAGAGUUGUCUGACUGAUCAAUCAAGCCCUCUCAAUACAUUAACACUUGGAGCAUUACUGGUAAUGUCAAGCAUCCUGCUCUAACUUAUCCCAAUCAUUUCUACAGUCUGCACUAAACCAACCUGCAAAAUAUUGACUAGUACACCCUUCCCCUGGAAGCUAAAGAAAGCAUGUGGGUCUUCACAUAGACAAUUCUAACCAUAUGCCGCCCAUCACAAUUAAUACUACCAACUGCACAGUAUUGUAUUCCAGGUAUAAACAUAAAAAUGUGGAAUGAGUAAUGUUAAAUUUCUGCACAACUUCAGAAAUGUAAUUUUCUAUACAUCUGGCAUCCACUAUAAUAUCUCACCAACAGUACUUAACCUCACCCACCUUAUACAGGUGUAGGGAUUCCGAAGAUAUUUCCUUGUGUAACAGGAACUGUGUGGCAGUAUCUGUGGUCACAGAUAGAUUCACAAUCAGAGUGUUCAAGCUUUCAGAUUGGCAAGCAAGUUAUUUACAGGAACAGCACUUUUGUACUCAUUUGUAUUGUGCACAUUUGUAUUCUGUUCAUUGUUGAUAUAUAACUUGAGUCUGUACUAUGAUGAGCAUCCUUGUGUGUACGUAACGAGUGGGGAUGUUUGCACAUUGAGCUUGCGUAGAUUCAUUUCAGUCAGUGGAGCACUUGUGUUUUCUGCUGCCAAAAUAGCAAUACGCCAGAAACUUUACUGAACACACCACAGUUCCAGACCACCACACCCAUUGGCGUAGAUAUAUUUUUGAACUCUGUUGUCUAUUUAAACAACUAUUAGUCAGUGAGAAUUAUUUUUUUUUUCAAGAAUGUAGCUCUCAGGCAAAACUGAUAUACUGCAGGCUGUGUAAAAAAUAUAAUCGCUAAAAUGUGCGCCAAAACAUUUUACAAUGUCUUUCAGUUCUCCACAAACAUGUUAGCUUUAAUUCAAUACUCUAACUGACUGUAAAUUCACUGGAAGGACCCAGUGGAAUUCACCCACUGAACCCAGGCACAGCUAGCCACAGCUACCUGCCCAAUUAAAAGCCUACAAGGCAGAAGUUAGCUUCUUAUUCGCCAGCAUCUUAUGCAAAUUUACUGGUCCACCUUAAAAAAGAUGAAACACAAAUGAAGUCGAGUUUGGCAAUAUACAUUGAGUUCAAGUAAUAUACAUUGAGAAUGAAAAAAAAAACUGCACCCUCACACAAAACAGCUCUCCUGAUUCUCUACCAAACAACCUUUUUAGUGCAAUUAACUUAGCCAAGUCUGCUCUGCCGGUAUUAUGUAAUACUUUUAUUAUGUUCCGAAUAUGUUUUAACUUCAAACUACCUGUAAAACAGGAGAGAAAUGAACAGAAAGGAGGACAGAUCUGAAUCUGACUCAGUCCUGCAGUUCUGACAGAACAUUCUAGAGGACGCUGUAAAAUAUAGCUGCUCCCUCUGCUGCCCCCUACAGGUUUUGAAGAGCUACAUCAGGCCUGACUGCAGAACUUUAGCCACAGAAUAACUGAAUUCAAUGUAUUUACUGUCAAUUUACAAAAAUACAACACCUACUGGACCUCAAAUCUUUGAGAUGAAAGAAAAUAUUUACGCUUAUACUUUAUAAUAAUAAUUUUAGAAUGAUAAAAGUCACUACCCCUGCCUGUGUAGACGUGUUAAGGAAAGUGUACAGGUGUCGUUCUUUUAUUGCUGUUGGUGUUGUUAUGUAUUAGCUGCCUAGCUGCUAUGGCAUGUAAACAUAUAGCCCAAUGGAAAAUAGUGUGACUAUUGUUGUUUUAUUUAAUUUAUUUAAUACUUCAUGUACUCUUAAGAGCUUAAAAUGUUGGGGAUGUGAGAUGGAAUUUAAAAACAUACUGUAUAUAUAACUUGUAGUCAAAUCUAAAGGUGUAGGUUGUGAAAAUCUGUGCAGCCUACUGACCACACAGUGAGAGAUAAGUGAAAAAAUAAACUGCAAAUACAGAAAAACACACUUUUGAUUGUACUAGUUUAUGUAAAUUUUUGGUUUUGGUUUUGCUUGUAUCUUUGCUUGAUCUAUUCCUCCUUUAGUUAGUGGAUUGUAUUAGUAAUAUAUAAUAUAUAAUAGUAAUAUUUGACUUGAAUAGUGUAAUAUAAUUCAAGUAUAUAUGACACAUACAUUUUUAUUUAUUUUCGUAAAAACAAUAUAUUAGGUGAGUUUAAGUGCAUAAGUGAGUUUAUUGUAGAGUGGUAUGUCUGUUCAUGAAACAGCAAUACAGCAUCACCAACUCACUCAGGGGAAUUCACCAGAUCCUCAGCUCUAAUACAUCAGCCAACAGAAGCCUGUGCUGGCCAGCAUCACAAUGCGGUGAUUACAGAAGAGGGUGCCAUACCUACACAGAGAGGGAAUGUACCAAAAUGAAUCUUAUGUAAACAAUCCACAGUAUUCAUUACUGAGUUGCAGGAUAGUACACAGAUGCUGUAACACAUGUGAUGUGACUGAAACUUUUUUACACCAUGGUGGACGAGGAUAAGCCAUGGUGAAAUCCGCAGUAAGUGUGUCCCUGUGACAGAUUUCCAUCAGCUUCAGCCUGACAGUAACAUAUUAAUUAAGCACUGUGAUGGGCCUUUACCUUGCCCAGCCCCCCUGGAUGAGACUGACGUUGCUGGGGGGAGAUUUCACAAACAAGUCCAGUCCCAGCAGUUCUUUGUGUCAUCUCUAAGGUAAGAGCACACUCUGCUUUUGCAUGCUUUUAUUGGGUAGCGAUUUAAAAUACCUUUUGUUUAAAAGAUUUUAUGUAAAAAAAAACUUCUGAAAGUUGAUUUAAUGGGUGAUUCUACUAUUUCAUCUAAUAGAGAAUGUGUGGGCAUCUUUAACUUGUUUUCCAUUAAAUUAGUACAUUCAGACAUUUUUUUAUAUUAAGGGCAGGGAGAGACCCCCGCUAUUGAAACUCCUGGCUUUCUCUUUAUUCAUUCAUUAAUUCAUUCAUCUAUCUAUUCUUUCCUCUCUCAGAUGGAUCUCGUGCAGCACCUCAGCGCGCGCCUUGCCACGGUUGUGAUGCUAGUGUGCGUGUGCGCGCUGCCGCUGGCUGUGCCGGUGGGCGGGCAAAGCCCCGGGCAGGUGGACCCCCUGACCCUGAGCCGCGCGGACCCGCAGUGCUGGGAGUCCGCCUCCGCGCUGCUGCUGGAGAUGCGCGCGCCGCGGAUCGCGGACACCGUUCCCGCGUUCUGGGACCUCAUGGUGUUUCUGAAGUCGUCGGGUAACCGGAAGCACGGCGCGCUGUUCUGGGACCUGGCGCAGGUGUUCUGGGACCUUUACGUGGACUGUGUUCUGUCCCGCAACCACGGGCUGGGGCGGCGGCACCUCGCGCAGCCUGGUGAACGCAUCACCACGGCCUCGCGCGCGCUCAUCACCGACCAGUCGUUUGUGCAGGAGUCACAGAACCAUUUCUCAAAGUUAAAGAAGUUCUCACGUGGCUGGUUCCGCAUCCAAGUGCAACAGGUUGGACGAAAUAAUUUGCAGCAUGGAGCCCAUCCAAAAUCCUUGAACAUUAAAAAAGUUUCGAGUUUUUAAUUACAGAUCCUACCUUUUCUACAUGAAGUCUACUUUUCUGAUUAAUAAAAUCAUUUGCAUCAUUUGCUGUUGAUAUUGUCUGUUUAAUACUGUCUGUUGUCUGCAGUAGAAAAAAGAGUUUAAAGCUGAAUUGUUUUGUUAUUGAUCAUAUUAAAUAUACUAAAAACAAACAGCUCAAACUGGCUCAAAAUAUUCAUACACAUAAUAUGCUUUCUUCUGGAUGGUCAACUACCUUGACCAUCAAAUACCAGUUUACUAAAGAGCUACCGGCAAAAGAUUCUUAAGCUGGCAAUACUUUGUUUAAAGAUAUCAAAAUACAUUUAAAGAUAAACAUUCAAAUAAAUACAGUUGUAAGGCACAAUAUACAAAAAUGUAUAAUACAUAACAUUCAUUCAAAGUAAAAUUCUGUAUAUAAAUGAGUGUUGUGAUAUCAUAAACAGUGACCAUGACUCAAA